AUGGUGCUAGUGCAAGGCCCGCAAGGACAAGGACGCGAGGCUGGAGACGGACAAACUCCGGCUAGCACCGUUCACGUAUUCGCGCCCGCCGCCACCACCGUUCGAGCUGUCUUUGCACUGCUUGCUCGAGUCCUCACCCCCACAGGCAAACAGCGAUAUUCAGAGCUGGCAUUCAACUGCCUCGCGUACCCUCCUAGCGAUCCUACCUCAGGACCCAUCUCCGAAGCCCCGCGCCCUCGCCCUCGCAAAUGUCGUAAACCGAGUCGCCGAGUCACCUUUUCAGAUACCGUCGUCGAGAUGAAUUUUCUUCCUACGCGCUUUCGAGGCGAAACCACCGGUCCUGCCAAGGCCGCCCCCCCGACCUGGGCCGGCAAGACCAUCACGCCGUUUCUGCACCUGCUUGGCCGACUGGCGGGCUCGCACCCGAUCCACACGAUUGUCCUCGUCGCCGUCCUUGCCAGCUCCUCCUACAUUGGCUUGAUCCAGGAGAGCUUGUUCGAGAGAACGGCCACCGUCAGCAAGGCAGACUGGUCUUCUCUCACCGAGGGCAGCCGAGACCUCUUCGCCAGCCCCGAGACCGCUUGGCGAUGGCAGAGCGUCGAGGCCGGUGCCGAGAGCACUGACAACUCGGACCACCUCGCUCUCUUGACCUUUGUCUUCCCGGAUACCCUCUCUGCCGAUACCAUCGAUGUCGCUCCUCUCGCCCAAGCCGUCCCGACGCCGCAGAACCUCUCCAUUACCUCGCUGCCCGUCACUGAGAACCCCUUCACCACGUACACCCAGGACAGCAUCCUCGCCUACUCCCUUCCCUACGACCAGGCCCGUGAGUUCCUCACCGCUGCUCAGGAGAUUCCGUCUGAGAACAGCGAGACUGUUCUCACCCGCCAUGGCCGCGAAGAAAAGAUGUGGAUCAUGAAGGCGGCCAAGGUGCACACUCGUAACACGUUUGUGGAGUGGGUGCGCAACGCCUGGACCGAGUUUAUCGAUCUGCUCAAGAAUGCCGAGACACUCGACAUUGUCAUCAUGGUCCUUGGCUACCUCUCCAUGCACCUGACGUUUGUCUCUCUGUUCCUCUCUAUGCGCCGCAUGGGUUCCAACCUUUGGCUCGGCAUGAGCACGCUCUUUGCCUCUGCCUUUGCCUUUGUCUUUGGUCUCGCCGUCACCACCAAGCUUGGCGUUCCCAUCAGUGUCAUCCUGCUGUCCGAGGGCUUGCCCUUUCUCGUCGUCACUAUUGGUUUCGAAAAGAACAUUGUCCUCACCCGCGCUGUCCUCAACCACGCCAUUGAGGCCCGUCGCAGCCAGUCCCAAAACUCUAAAGGCAAGGGCAAGUCCCUGACCCAGGACGCCAUCCAGACCGCCAUCUACGCUGCCAUCAAGGACAAGGGCUAUGAGAUUAUCCGCGACUACGCGAUUGAGAUUACCAUCCUGGUCCUUGGUGCUGCUUCCGGUGUCCAGGGCGGUCUUCAGCAGUUCUGCUUCCUCGCCGCCUGGAUCCUCUUCUUCGACUGCCUCCUGCUCUUCACCUUUUACACUGCCAUUCUCAGCAUCAAGCUCGAGAUUAACCGCAUCAAGCGCCAUUUUGAAAUGCGACAGGCUCUCGAGGCUGAUGGUGUCAGCCGCCGUGUUGCCGAAAAUGUCGCUUCCAGCAACGACUGGCCCAACGGCGAUGCCAAGACUGCCAAGGACAAGGCUCUCUUUGGCCGCGGCAUGAAGAGCAGCAGCGUCCCAAAGUUCAAGGUUCUCAUGAUCUCUGGCUUUGUCUUCAUCAACAUUGUCAACAUUUGCACCAUUCCCUUCCGCAGCGGCAGCUCGUUUGCUACUCUUCGCUCCUGGGCUGGUGGUCUCGGCGGUGUUGUUUCGGCCCCUCCCGUGGACCCUUUCAAGGUUGCCGCCAACGGCCUCGAUGUUGUCCUCGCCGCUGCCAAGUCUCGCGGCCAGGCCGUUCUCGUUUCCGUCCUCACGCCGAUCAAGUAUGAGCUCGAGUACCCCUCUAUCCACUACGCCCUUCCUGCUGCGGUCGCCGACGCCACUGUCCACGGACACAGCCACUUUGACAGCUAUGGAAUGGGUGGUCGUGUUGUUGGCAGCCUUCUCAAGAGUCUCGAGGACCCUAUCCUGUCCAAGUGGAUCGUUGUUGCCCUGGCUCUCAGCGUUGGUCUCAACGGCUACCUGUUCAACAUUGCCCGCUGGGGCAUCAACGAGCCUAGCGUUUCCGAAACUUCUGAGCACCACAUCGACCGCAGGGAGCUUGCCCGCGCCCAGCGCUUCAACGAGACUGAGCCCAGCAGCAUUCCUCUCGGCCAAUACGUCGCCCCUACUCCUCAGCCUACGGAACCCGCUACUCCCGCCCUUACCGACGAUGAAGGCGACGGUUUGUCCAUGACCAGAUCGAGGCCGGCUCCGAUGACCCCCUCUGCUAACCGCAGCAACGCCGAACUCGACCAAAUGCUGCUUGAGAAGCGCGUUCCCGAAAUGACUGACGAAGAAGUCGUCGCCAUGUCGAUGCGCGGCAAAAUUCCCGGUUAUGCCCUAGAGAAGACUCUUGGCGACUUUACCCGCGCCGUCAAGAUCCGCCGUACUAUCAUUUCUCGCACCAAGGCCACUUCUCACAUCACCCACAGCCUGGACCGCUCCAAGCUGCCUUUUCAGAACUACGACUGGGAGCGUGUCUUUGGCGCCUGUUGUGAAAAUGUCAUUGGUUACAUGCCCCUCCCUGUUGGUGUUGCUGGUCCCCUCGUGAUCGACGGACAGAGCUACUUUAUUCCCAUGGCCACCACCGAAGGUGUCUUGGUUGCCAGUGCUAGCAGAGGCUGCAAGGCCAUCAACUCUGGCGGCGGCGCCAUUACUGUUCUUACUGGUGACGGAAUGACCCGUGGUCCCUGUGUCAGCUUUGAAACCUUGGAGCGCGCUGGUGCUGCAAAGCUGUGGCUCGACUCUGAAGAGGGCCAGAAUGUAAUGAAGAAGGCCUUCAACUCGACCAGUCGUUUUGCCCGUUUGCAGACUAUGAAGACUGCAAUGGCCGGUACCAACCUGUAUAUCCGCUUCCGCACCACCACUGGCGACGCCAUGGGUAUGAACAUGAUUUCCAAGGGCGUCGAGCACGCCCUGAACAUUAUGGCUACCGAUGGCGGUUUCGACGACAUGAUUAUUGUUUCCGUCUCGGGCAACUACUGCUCGGACAAGAAGCCUGCAGCUAUCAACUGGAUCGAGGGCCGUGGCAAGAGCGUUGUCGCGGAGGCCAUUAUCCCUGGCGAUGUCGUCAAGAGCGUUCUCAAGUGCGACGUUGACACUCUUGUGGAGCUCAACAUUAGCAAGAACCUGAUUGGAUCGGCCAUGGCUGGUGCCAUGGGUGGUUUCAACGCGCACGCCGCCAACAUUGUCGCCGCCAUCUACCUCGCCACCGGCCAGGAUCCCGCCCAGGUGGUGGAGAGCUCCAACUGCAUCACCAUCAUGAAGAACCUCAAGGGCUCGCUGCAAAUCUCCGUGUCGAUGCCUUCGCUGGAAGUCGGCACCCUCGGUGGCGGCACCAUUCUCGAGCCUCAGAGUUCCAUGCUCGACCUUCUCGGCGUCCGUGGCUCGCACCCGACGAACCCCGGUGACAAUGCCCGCCGCCUGGCCCGCAUCAUUGCCGCUUCUGUCCUCGCUGGUGAGCUGUCGCUGUGCAGUGCCCUAGCGGCUGGCCACUUGGUCCGCGCCCACAUGCAGCACAACCGCAGCGCCGCACCUUCAAGGACGACGACGCCGGCGCCCCCGGCCACGCCGGUCACGCUAGCGAUGACGAAUGGUCUGGAGAAGGCCAAUGGCAAGAGUGCGGCCGCGAAUGAGCGAUCCAAGCGGUGA